AUGGAGUACACGGGGAGCCAAUAUAUUGGGGAAUUUGUAGAUGGGAGGAUGGAGGGUGAAGCCGAAUACAUCCUCCCUACCGAAACAAAGUAUGUUGGGGAAAUGAAGGACGGCAUGUUUCAUGGCCAAGGAACCUUGUACUUCCCCAGUGGGAGCCGAUAUGAUGCCAUUUGGGAGAAAGGAUUGGUUGUAAAGGGCACAUACACCUUCUCCGACGGACUGCAGUAUGACGCUGAGCACUGGCAUUACUGCGACACCUACGAUCGGAGGUUUUACACUGAGAUUUGCUACGGCUUGAAGCCUGCAGGCAUCUCUCGACUCACCAAUAUGGACCCGCCCAGAAAAAUCCCUCCAGGCUGUUAUGACUGCGGAGAUGGCUUCUAUAACCCAACCACGAGGAUUGUCAAGGACUAUAAGAAUCGCUUUCUGAGAAAUGCAGAUGAUGACGAGCACGAGUGGAUCAUCCGGACGUGUCGGAAGGGCUGGGACGAGACCAUGGGUCCUAAGCCCAAGCCGUGA